AUGUAAUAACUACAAACUAGGAUUAGAGCAUCAUCAGUUUAAGAACAAGGGGAAUAGAGAGCAAAAUUACCCAAUAUACUUACACCUACAUUUGCAGAUUGGAAAAUUAUUAAUGAUGUUAGGGCUCACCCUAAAAUUAGCAGGAGGAAUCCUCUUUUUAAAUUUGGUUUGAUUCCACCAAAGAAGGCAGUUACACCUUAAUCGUCUGCUAAUGAGAAUCCUCAAGAUUUUCGAGGGCUUAAAUCAGAAGAACAAAGUCAAAGAAUGAAAUAAAUAAUUGUUGAAGAUAGAGUAAGCACAACAGAAACUAAUAAUCUUUUAUAAUUUGAGUUAGAUAAAAGAUAUUUUCAAUUACGAAAUAGAUCUGUUAGCGGACCUAAACAAACGAAUAAUUUAGUAUACCUUAAAAUAAUAUUUUCAGUUACUUGAAUGCAAAUAGUUAUUUGACAAUCAAAAAAAAGCUUUUGAAGAAAUAUUAAAAUAAAACAAUUUAUAUAAUAAAUAUUCUAAAGUAAUAGAUAAGGAAUAAACAAUAACAAAUUAGAAAAUAAUGUAAAUUUUUAACUUUUAUAAAUGA